CUGGAGCGCGCGGACGAGGCGAGGCGAGGCGGCGGAGCGCACCGGGGCUCGCGGGGGCGCAGCGCGGCGCGCUUGCACCGCUGGGCUCCGAGCGGCUCUCGGCGGCGGCUGCGGCUGCGGCCGGGGUGCUGGGCUGAGCGGGCGUCCGGGGAAGGCGGCUGCGGCUCCCGCGCGCGGCCGCGCUCCCAGUCCCUGCUGCCACCCCGCCACCGCCGUGCCAUGGCUCUGGCGGACAGCACACGUGGAUUACCCAACGGGGGCGGCGGCGGGGGGGGCAACGGCUCCUCGUCGUCCUCGGCCGAGCCGCCGCUGUUCCCCGACAUCGUGGAGCUGAACGUGGGGGGUCAGGUGUAUGUGACCCGGCGCUGCACCGUCGUGUCGGUGCCCGACUCCUUGCUCUGGCGCAUGUUCACGCAGCAGCAGCCGCAGGAGCUGGCCCGGGACAGCAAAGGCCGCUUCUUUCUGGACCGAGACGGCUUCCUCUUCCGCUACAUCCUGGAUUACCUGCGGGACCUGCAGCUCGUGCUGCCCGACUACUUCCCCGAGCGCAGCCGGCUGCAGCGCGAGGCCGAGUACUUCGAGCUGCCGGAGCUCGUGCGUCGCCUCGGGGCGCCCCAGCAGCCCGGCCCCGGGCCGCCGCCGCAUUCAAGGCGCGGGGUGCACAAAGAGGGCUCCAUGGGCGACGAGCUGCUGCCGCUCGGCUACGCGGAGUCGGAGCACCAGGAGGGCGCCUCGGCCGGGGCGCCGUCGCCCACGCUGGAGCUGGCGAGCCGCAGCCCGUCCGGGGGCGCGGUGGGGCCCCUGCUCACGCCCUCCCAGUCGCUGGACGGCAGCCGGCGCUCGGGCUACAUCACCAUCGGCUACCGCGGCUCCUACACCAUCGGGCGGGACGCACAGGCAGACGCCAAGUUCCGGCGAGUGGCGCGCAUCACCGUGUGCGGGAAGACGUCCCUGGCCAAGGAGGUGUUCGGGGACACUCUCAACGAGAGCCGGGACCCGGACCGGCCCCCGGAGCGCUACACCUCGCGCUAUUACCUCAAGUUCAACUUCCUGGAGCAGGCUUUCGACAAGCUGUCCGAGUCGGGCUUCCACAUGGUGGCGUGCAGUUCCACGGGCACCUGCGCCUUUGCCGGCAGCACCGACCAGAGCGAGGACAAGAUCUGGACCAGCUACACCGAGUACGUCUUCUGCAGGGAGUGAGCCCCCCAGACCCCCGCGCGUCUCCAGCGCGCGUGAUUCCUCUUUCCUGCGCGGGAGAGGAUCAGUGCUCUCCUUCCCAACCACCCUCCUGUCCCCUUGUUCGCCACCUCCAGUAGCUGGGACCAGACCCACUGGCACCCCCACUUUAGAACCUGCAGCCGCGAAUCCUCUGACUGAGAGCCCUGUCUUAUUCCCCCCUCCCCGGCCUCCCAGCUCUGCCCCCCUGCUUCUCUGUCCCGGGCCUCUAGCCUUUCCUCUCCCAUUGCCCUUCAGUCUGGAUCUAGUGGGGGCAGAAUGGCCACAGAGCCACCAAGUACAUGGGAAUAAAUGACAUGUUGAGAACCUGAUUGGACCGUGUCCAGUGUGUCGAAGAUUCCUUGAAAUAUUUUCAAGCCCUUGUGACUCAUUCCAGCGUGAGAGAGAGGAAUUGAUAAUGCUGUCUGGGGAUAGCUAAUGUUUUAAAGGUCAUUAUACAGUCUUGUCCACCCUCUUUAAAGGUAGUUUUAGGAGGCUGGAUGGAAGAAUCUGGGCCUGGAAUCAGGAUCCUAUGAAGCAGUUCAGUGACUAUACAUGAAUAAAGUUUCGAGAAGUUGUUACAGGUAAAAAUAGGAGAAGCAUCUAGUGCGGGCACAGUGAAGGAGCUUAUCUUUUCCAUGCAGAAUUAAAGUUUUAACCUGUGGCCUAAACUUGUAGAGUGUUACCUUCGCUGGAGGAGUCUCCCUUUCUCCUGGCUCUUCGCCAGAAGCCUUCCAUUGGACUGGUUGACAUGGCAGCCCUUGUUGGCGGGAGAGCGAGAAAGCACGGCUGCUGGAGGGGACAAGACAGCCCAGGUCACCAAGCACUGUGGGCCAUCACCUGGCGUUGACUGUAAACAGAACUGGGUAGUAAUGCACGUCGUGGGUAUUAGAAAAGCCCAUAUUCUUGCAGUGAUUGGCAGUAGGACCUUAGCUCUUAAGACUUGGGGGUGGGAGGGGUGGGUAAGAUGGGUGGGAAGUGGGGAGCAGACAUAAUUCAUUUAUUGUUUGGAAGUUUGUACCAUCUAUUUGAGUACUUACACAUUUAUAAAAUAUAGUACACAAGACUUGCACAGCAUUUUAUAAAGAUUCGUAACAUCUACUCUUAACCGGCAGUUUAUUGAAUUAACUGUUUUGAGUCCUAAGCUUAGAAGUUGUUGAUACUUAUAUAACCUAACCAAAGAUUUGCCCAGUGGGGUUUUAGUUUUUGAACUUAUUUCUUGAUGAUUAUAUCCUGAUUUAAAAAUUUUCCUACUUGGGGAAAAUAUAUUUGAUUUUUGUUAACUUAGACUUAAGAUUUCUAAUUUAAAAAAAAAAACAAAAAACAAAAAACCCUUUUAUUCCCCAAGCCCAACUAUGUUGACAACUGGGCAUACCUGAAAAUGCCACUUCUUUCAUGCAGGUUGUUUGAAGAGAAGAGAGAGUCAUUUUGAGUGACAGAACUGCAGAGUAACAAAAGCAUUGAGGGCUGCCCAUCUGUAGAUAGAAAGCUGGAAAAUGAAGUAUUUUUAAACAAAGGCAGAAAAGUGCUUAAAAGUGAGCUGAGCAAUAAAAUGGUGUUUUAGGUAAAUGCAACAGAAACAGAAGGAGACCUGGUUGCCUUAUUCCUUUACUCUGACAUGGAACAAAUUCCCACUGCUUACCCUAUUUAUACCAUAAGUAAAUGGAAAUGAAUCCUUGUCUUUCAUGCUGUGAGACUCCUUUGGAUAUUCUGUGAUGACAAAGAAGCCUUUCUUCUUUUUGUUCGUUUCAACAUCUUACUCUGAAAUAUGUUUUUAAAGAUUUUGUAAGAGUUGUUUUCAGUGUUUUAAUUAGUGCUGUUUUUCCUUCUUUUUAAAAAUGAAACUUGUACUGUGUCUAUGUCCAUAACAGAUGUUAAGAAUUGGGACAGUUUUAUUCUUACACUCAUGUAAUUCAAUCUGUAUAUACCAUACAUGAACAUUUUACAUGAAUCAUUUAGUUUUUUAAUUCAUUUACUAAUACUAUAAAAUUUACUGUAUUUACCCCCAGUAACUUGCAUCAGAUGGUGUAUCUAUUAAAGCAACAUGUUUUGAUGAAUUUCUUACUCUUUGUCUAUGGGGAAAUUGGGUUAGGAAAACUUACAUAAUUAUACAACUACUUUGCUCCAUUCUUUUGCUUGGAUAUUAGUUGUUGUAGACUGAUGUCAAUUUAACUGCUCAAAAAAUCAAGGUACCUGUAUUUUCAAUCCACUAAUACUUUUUUUUUUUUUAACUGAGAAAGAUUGGAAGUCUACACUUUUAGAAAAGUAAAGUUAGCUUUGCAUACAAAAACUAUAAUCAUAAAGGAAAUGGGAGCAAAGAUAUAGAAAGUUGUGUUUGCUUGUAUAUGGGGUAAGUUCUCAGAUUAGCUAAUGCUUCAGAAUGUAUGUUUGUUUCAAGCCUGAAAGGAUUUACGACUGUUGCCGGCCAAAAGUGAGUGUCACAGAGAUUUUCUCCACCUCGUAUGGUGUUUUGUGAGAAUGUUCAACAAAAACCCACAUAAUUGAGAACAUCUCAGGACAGAUUGAAACCAUUGACAGAUGGCAAGACUCGGGAUUCUAAUUUCUAAUUUUCCUCGUUAAAUCGUCACAAAUCCGGGAGGAACGGGAAACUUUUGAAGUUCUGUCUCUGCCACUCAAGUCUCACGAAUUUUACCUUGUAAAACUUUGAAUUGAGUUAUUGCACUGCUUUGUCGGAACACAUCUUGUUCCCCCCCAAACCUUUGCUGCUCUGCAGUGUUCCCACUACCCCUUUGAUUAUCUUAAAGCCUUGGAAUUUUUUAAUGAUUAGACAGUCAACUCAUCUGUUUUUCUAGGAAUCACUGUCCUCUCUAAGAUUGAAGAUUGGCACAUGAAAUCAUGGUACUUUUAGCCCAAAGUGAAGGUAGGAAACUCACUUUGCUUUGGGGAGCCAGUGUAGCUGAGGUAAGCUGGCUUGGCAUGGGCACUUUUGGGUCCCAUUCCGUCCAUGAGCUUUGGCCACAAAAAGAUCCUUAGUGGUCUACAGAGUGAGCUAGAGGGUUGGUGGUGACCUAUCAUCCUGGAUGGGAUAGUGAGAUCCAUGUGGUUAAGCCCUCCAAAGACACCUUAUAAAUAACCUGGGAGAAUAGCAUAUAUUAGUGAGCUAAUUAUGACUGCAUCAAUCUGAUUCAGUGUAGGAUGUAUUUAUAUAUAUAAUGGCUAAUUAACAUUUGGUUCAUAGAUACAACUGAGUUACAUUAGGUUUUAAUGAUAAAUUUUUAAAAAAGGUUUGUUGAUGGUUAAAAUAACAGGUACCAUGUUUAAUACUCUAGCACCAAGUGUUGACAAGUUGUCUAUUUUUUUAAUACAUACAGUGUGUAAAUCAUAUGCAUUCUGAUUUUUUGAAUAUUGUAGAAAAUAUUCCUUGAAGGUGUGACACUUAAGACACUUUUUCCCUUUCAAUGCUGUUUUUAAUGUGUUUCUUUUUAGGAUGUUUGCAUUGACAGCAAAGGGAUAGUUUAUAACUUAGCCAAAAUUGUCUCCUCUUUCAAACCAGAUCAUAUAUGUAUGGCAUCUGUUGCUUCUCUGAGGAAAUGCAAAAUCUAUGAGUACUCAGACAAAAUGGGCAACUGGCAAUGCUCAUUAUAUUCCAAAUUUCAUUGGAAAUUUCCAUGGAAUGUUAUUACACCAAGCCAUGUGAAGCUUUGAUAAUUUUUUACUUUUUGAAUUAUGGUAAAUUCUAAUAGUCAAAAAAUUUUUGUAUUUUUCAUGAAAAUCGCUAAAUUGUGCAGGCAUUUAGAAAAGUGUUGAGUGGGGGGGUUGAAUUCCUUAAGAAUUUCUUUUGUAGUUGAAAUCAUAGAUACUUUACUCAAUUGACUUAAAAUUUUAAAGUAGUAAACUAAACAUUUUUAUUAUAAACCUACCAGAGAAAAUCCUUUGUAAUUUUUUUUCUGUUUUUUCCUUACUAUAACUCAUUUAAAAACUGAAUUAGUUUUCAUAGGUGACCUAAGUCUGUUUAUUGAAAAAUAUAUAAAUACUCUUGUAUUUCCAGUGACUAUAGUACCUGAAAUAGGGUUUCUAGAGACAGAAAUGAGUUAUGUAGAAGUUAGCUUUUCUUUGUCACAUUUUUUUUAAAAAUACAGUUAUUUUUUAUUGAAUUAGCAGUUUAUAACACUGUGUAUGAUUUAGGGGUCAGAUAGGUUCACACAUCUUCAGAUGUCUUUGUUACAAUUUUGAAUAAUAAAAUCCAAAAAUAUUAACAUUUGAAGUUUUAGAUUCUAUACUGGGAUUUUAAGACUUAGAUGGAAGAAAUUCCACCAGAAUAUCUACAUUAACUUUGUGUGGUAGGAAAAUGGACUAGUUGACCAAUAAUUCUUGUCACCUUACACAUUUUGUGAUUUUUUUUUUCCCCAACCAAGUUUUAAAAAAAAAAAAAUUUGAAUGUGUUUUGAGGUAUGUGAACAUGAUCUGUAAUGUAAACUAUUAUACAACUGUCUUUGUGACUUUAUAGUUAGGUAAAUUUUGCUAUUGAAUACAAAUGACGACAAUUCAUUACGAUCACUUAAAUAGCAGUAACAAAGGGUGGAAGCAUCCCCUCAUGGAUGUUGAUUUUGAAGAUGUAAAAUUUGUUAUUUAAAUUUUUCUGGGCAUCUGAAAAAUCUUAUCUGCUAAACAAUGUAAGAUUUCCACGGAGCUAUCUGGGAUUAUGAAAUUGCUCAAAAUUUUAUAUGCUAAGUGAUGCAUAUCACUGAGUCAUUUUCUCAAAAUAGAAGGGGAAAGAAAAAAAAAAACACAUAAGAUUAUCAGACUUUUCUAAUGAAGCAGAAAGCCAAGGAAAAAAAAUUCCCUCUAUAUUUAAAAGAAGAUGCUGAUGAAGUCUUUUCAGACAUGCCCAAGCUCUAAAUGAGAAUUUCUUCAACUAUCUAAAUGCUCUAGAGAAUUUUGUGUUCCCUGUUCACAAUCAGUUGUAUAACAGAAAUACUCAAUACUGUUUUCUUCCUGUGUGUGAAGUAAUGAAUCAUUGAUUAUGUGACUUGUUAUAUAUUCUAUUAAACACUAAAGAAUAAAACAUUCACUCCUUUACUUAUUCCUCUUGGC